AUGCCCCCGCCGAAUGAGACGAACCCGCCGACUGAGCCAAGAACCAAGCAGGGGUUCGCUGACCUCCUCACGGAACUCGCAGACCUCUAUGGUGUAGAGGGGAUGCGCACACGGCUUAUUGACCCACGAUACCUUUUGAUGAAGGAACGACAAGCCAAAGCUUGGAGGGUCGCCUCACAAAAGAUCGCGUCCCACGAUGCCCCCGCUCAACUUACCGAGGACAGCCCAAGGUUGUUUGAGAGGGUGAAAGGGCUUGAAGACAUCAAAGCUGAUCCUUGUGUGUCCCACGGCGUUGGAGUUCAAGUUGGCACCCCCCGAAAUGUUGGCACCCCCGACCCCCCCGGUCGUCAUCCCCGCCGCGCGGAGGAGCGCGGGGUUGCCCCCGCUGAACUCACCGAGGACACGCUCAGACCGUAUGAAAGUGUGCUUGUAAAUGCCCGUAACGAAAAGCCAAGAUUCAUCAGAACUGAACAUUUAGAGAGACCAGGGAACUUGAGCGAUGCCAAUUACAGCGACGAGUUCAAGCAGGAGAUAAGGGUUUGGUUUGAGACGUUACGAGUGCGAGACUGUAGGAACCCACUCCGUAUUCCAUAUGAAUUGAAAGAAAGGGGUUUACAACACGGAAUCGGGUUUUCUACCUCGGUAUUCUUGUGGAGAGGCGAGCGUCUUAAGCUUGAUGAUGUGGAUGUUUUAUGGUCGGACUUGGAGGCUGGUCGCUGGGACGGCUUCGAUGCUUACAAAAACGACCAAGAAGGUUUCUUAAAAAAACUCUCAAAUCACAAGCCAGCCAUAGAUGAAUACUAUGACGCGAUAGUGUUUGAGGGUCGGAUAUUCAUUCCCGACACGCGUAAGCCUCGUCCAUACACUUCAGCAUCCAGUAUGGAUUGGGAUGCUCGCCAUUUUAUCAGGGACUACGGAGCAGAGGACGGUGUAGGAAUAGGUUCUUCCCAAUUGAAGUUUCGGGGAGAUCCCGAUACUGACAGAUACUGGUGUAAGUUUAGAGGAAAGUGUGACUACAUUAGGGAGAAUAUCAUAUACCCUAUUAUUCGUCACCUUGGUUUCAAAGCUACUGAUGCCGAUGAUGAACGCGAUGCGAAGAGGACAGAUGUGGAGACGAAUAAAAGAGCGAAACCAAGAGAGUUGGAGGAGUCAAGUAAGAAGCCCAGACGUAAUAAAUAA